CUUCCCCUUCUGCGUCGCUACGAGCCGGCGCAGGCGUGUGCCGGGAAGAUGGCGGCGGCUGGAGCUGGCCGUCUGCGGCGGGCGGCGUCGACCCUGCUGCUCCGGAGCCCGCGCCUGCCCGCCCGGGAGUUGUCGGCCCCGGCCCGGCUCUAUCACAAGAAGGUCGUUGAUCAUUAUGAAAAUCCUAGAAAUGUAGGAUCCCUUGACAAGACUUCUAAAAAUGUUGGAACUGGAUUGGUGGGUGCUCCAGCAUGUGGUGAUGUAAUGAAAUUACAGAUUCAAGUGGAUGAAAAGGGAAAGAUUGUAGACGCCAGGUUUAAAACGUUUGGCUGCGGGUCUGCAAUUGCCUCCAGCUCUUUAGCCACUGAGUGGGUGAAAGGAAAGACGGUGGAGGAAGCUUUGAACAUCAAAAACACAGAUAUUGCCAAGGAGCUCUGCCUGCCUCCCGUGAAGCUGCACUGCUCCAUGCUGGCAGAAGAUGCGAUCAAGGCUGCCCUAGCUGAUUACAAGCUGAAGCAAGAACCCAAGAAAGGAGAGGCAGAGAAAAAGUGAGCCCUCAGGAAGCCUCCAGCAGAUGGCGCCAGCUGUCUGUCCACCUGUUGCACAGUCACCUUAGCUGUCAAGAAGCCCCAUGCACCACACACAAGAGCUGAGACACGCACAGUAUUUGCUGCUCACACUGUGACUCUAAUGCAAACAAAAUACACAGUUUAAUUGUGCUGAAUCCUGUGGUUUCUUUCAGCCCACUUUACCACCUUAGCCCAGUUAGUGUAUGUCGAAUUGUGUGUUUGACCUCAGAACCGAACUCACUCAUGAAGUCUCAAGUUUGGCCAGGCCAUGAAGUGCAUAAACACCCAGUUUUGCUUGAGCCGACUGUGGAGAGAACUUCCAGGAGAAUGCCUUUGUCUGGUUAUUUGACAGAAUCAAUUGUACAAAAACAGAUCUGCAUCUAUAUAUACAUAUAUAUUAUAAUAAAAGAGUGGAAGACAGUGAUUUUCUCUAGUAAGCCUCGUCUAAAGCCCCUCUCACUCUGAAAUGUUGCCCAGAGACUCUUGGGAUUCCCAAAGACUGGACCGUGAUGAUAUGCACAGCUUUCCAAGCAAACUGAACAAUGAAGGUCAUGUUCAGGGAGUUUUCCCAAAGCCAAAUAUCCAUAAAGCUUUACGAAACGAUGGUGAGAGGAGGUGGUUUCUCUUUCCAUUGCUCUUAGCAAGACAAUAAAUUGGCAACUAAAGUGAGUCUUGAA